CGGCUGUGUGGGUUUUUUCUCUUAUAUGGUGCAUUUCUUCUCGUCCUUUUCUUGUUUCAUCCACGACGUUUCUUCUAUGUGAAUUAUUGCGUGUGGAAAAUUAUUUAACAUUUGUCCUAUGGCCAGCUCAUGUACAGCCAAUUCAAGGGAUUUUUAUUGAACUCACAAGACUUCUUUUUUCUUUCAGAAUUUGGUAAAAUAAUUAAUCCACUUAGAGAAACAUAUUAAAAUCACGGUGCACACAUUUUAUUUCAUGUACCGGUAAAUAUCUAUAUAUCUUUCGUGAAAAAAGGUGCACAUUUUUUUCUUGCAAUAUAUUUUGUACCGAUAAUUUUUUUUCAACACUUAUACAUACCAUAUCUGAUUGAUCUUUUAUCAGCAUCAAAAGUCAUACCCCCUCCUUCAUAAAAUAUAAGACGCAACUACCACUAGCACAAAGAUCAAAAAAGAAUUAUUAUCACCUUCUUAUUUGUGUCACUCUAAUAAAUACGUACCAAUAGAAUUAGAAAUUUCGAGGAUGAAGAGUAUUUAAAAAAACGAACUAAAAAAGAGAGGAAUAUGCUAUUUAAUUAAUUGCAUGCUUAGAUGCAUUCAUGUUUGCCCAAUAUAUUGUAAAACAUAAAAAAAAUCGGUUGUCCCUUUUAUAUUUUAGUAUAGAGAGAGUAUAUAGUUGAAUUGGACACUUACUUUGAAAGAGCCUGAAAAAAAUCAACAUCAAAAUUUCUAGCACAGUAAUUUGUUAACUAAAUAGAUAUAUACACUAGCUUAUUAUUAUCUCCCAUGUCAAUUCCAUUCACACAUGUAUAAAUACUAGUAUAUAUAAAAAAUAUACAUGCACGUCAAAACUAUCGUACGUAUAGGAAAAGUCUCCAAAGUGUAUACACACAUGUGCCUGCCGGUCGGCCGAUCGAUCAUAUCAAUUACUAGUAUUAUGGAGUGGAGGUAGCACUACCUAAUAAGUGAUGCAAGCAAGGUGCAUAUAUGCACGAUGGAACGUGGACGAGCGCACGCGCGUACAUGGACAUGACGACGUCGACGCGAGGUUCAGAGGGCGCAACUUCGGCGAACCUCACCGACGAUCAGCUCCUCGGCGGCCUCCUCACCGCCGCAUUCAGCCCGCAGUCAUGCCGGAGCCGGUACGAGUUCGCCGGCUACCACAAGAGGAAGCCGCCGCACAAGCCUUCCCCCUACCUCGUCGCCAAGCUCCGCAGCCACGAAGCGCUCCAGAAGCGCUGCGGCCCCGGCACGGCGCCGUACGACAAGGCGCUCCGGCAGCUCAAGUCCGGCGAUGGCGCCGCCGCCGCUGAUGGCGACGACGACUGCCGCUACCUCGUCUCCAUCAGCUACAACCGCGGGCUAGGCAACCGCAUCAUCGCCAUCGUCUCCGCCUUCCUCUACGCCGUCCUCACCGAGCGCGCGCUCCUCGUCGCGCCGUACAACGGCGACGUCGCCGCCCUCUUCUGCGAGCCCUUCCCGGGGACGACGUGGCUGCUCCCCGACGGCGGUCGGCGGUUCCCGCUCCUGCACCUCCGGGACCUCGACGGUAAGUCCAAGGAGAGCCUGGGAGCCUUGCUGAAGAGCAACGGCAUCGUCUCCGUCGCCGCCGGCGUGAACGGCAGCACGUCGUCGUCGUGGUCGGGCCGGCCGCCGCCGCCGUACGUGUACCUCCACCUCGACGGCGGCGCCGACUACCACGACAAGCUGUUCUACUGCGACGAGCAGCAGCGCCUCCUCCGCGGCGUGCCGUGGCUGCUGAUGAAGACGGACAGCUACCUCGUCCCGGGGCUCUUCCUCGUGCCGUCGCUCCGUGGCGAGCUCGAGCGGAUGUUCCCGGAGAAGGACGCCGUGUUCCACCACCUCAGCCGCUACCUCCUCCACCCGGCCAACGCCGUCUGGCACGCCAUCACGGCCUACCACCGCGACCACCUCGCCGGCGCCGGCCACCUCGUCGGCAUACAGAUCCGCGUGUACCACGAGGAGACGCCGCCGGUGUCGCAGGUGGUGCUCGACCAGGUCCUCUCCUGCGCACGCAGGGAGAACCUCCUCCCGGCCGCAGGGAACACGUCGUCGUCGGACCAGGCCGUGCUCGUGACGUCGCUGAGCUCGUGGUACUACGAGAAGAUCCGCGACGAGCUCGGUGGCGGCGGCGGUGGCGUGCACCAGCCGAGCCACGAGGGGUUGCAGCGGAUGGGCGACACGGCGCACGACAUGAGGGCGCUGAGCGAGAUGUACCUGCUCAGCACCUGCGACGCGCUGCUCACCACCGGCUUCUCCACCUUCGGCUACGUCGCGCAGGGGCUCGCGGGGUUGCGGCCGUGGAUCAUGCCGCGGCGGCCGUGGUGGGAGAAGGAGGCGGCCACGGCGGUGCCGGACCCGCCGUGCGCGCGGGUGGCGACGCCGGAGCCGUGCUUCCACUCGCCGUCGUACUACGAGUGCGCGGCGAGGCGGAACUACGACGACAUUGGCAAGGUGGUGCCGUACGUGCGGCGCUGCGAGGACGUCAGCUGGGGCAUCCAGCUCGUCAAUGGAAGCAGCCAGAGCCAGUGGUAGUGUAAAACUGUAGAUCACUGAAUUGUAUAGAGUAGAACAUGUGUUCAGAUGUUCCACAAAAAUACAAAAAGGCGCAUGCAUUGUACACCACAAAUAAUCAAAUAAUCUAGGCAGAUGUAAUGAUAUAAUGGCAAGAAAUAAUCUUAGAAGUUAGAACACUGUGCCAUUAUACUUAUAGCAAUCUAUGACAGGAUGUGACAUUACGAUAUUAAAUGUUUCAUCUUAACCUGGUUGCUAAA